GAUUUAGUUAAUGGGAGGUUGUGAGUUUAAAUUUAGAGGAUCAAGCGAUGAUUCAUGUAUUAUUGAUAAUAUAUUUAGAAAUAACAUUAUAAAAUUUUGAGUUAAUAUCAGUUGUUGGUUAAGGUGGAUUUGGUAAAGUUUAUAAAGCUAGACUAAUCAAAACUCGUCAUAUAGUUGUAGCUCUAAAAGUAAUGUCAAAAGUUAGGUACGAAAAUAAAUUAUAUAAUAAGAGUGAUAUAGAAAAAGAGUGUGAGUUCAGUUAUGAAUGAAUUAUAGAUUUUAUCUACUUUGAGGCAUGAGUAAUAAUAAUACCUAAAUAAUUUUAGAUUUAUAAUAAACAUAAUAAGUGCCUUUUAAGAUCGUUGUUCAUUGUAUUUAGCAUUGGAUUUCUUGGCUGGGGGAGAUUUGAGAUUUCAUUUAUGCAAAUUUCGAAAAUUCUCUGAAGCAAUUACAAAGCAUAUAGCUAUAUGUAUAAUAAUUGGAUUAGAUUAUAUUCAUUCUAAUGGAAUAAUUCAUAGAGAUAUUAAGCCAGAAAACUUAGUAUUUGAUAGUUCAGGGUAUUUGAGAAUUACUGAUUUUGGAAUUGCUAGAAUAUGGAAACCAUAAAAUAGUCAUGAAACUAGUGGUACACCUGGUUAUAUGGCUCCAGAAGUGAUGUGUAGAUAAAAUCAUGGAGUUGCUGUUGAUUAUUUUGCUUUAGGAAUUAUAAUGCAUGAGUGUAUUGUAAACUCUUUUUAUUAAUCUUAGCUUGGAAAACGACCAUAUAAUGGAAAAAGUAGAUAAGAAAUUAGAGAUUAAAUUAUAGCUAAAUAAGCUGUUAUUAAUGAAGUUCCUUAAGGAUGGAGUAAUGAAGCUAUUUCUUUUACUAAUGCUUUAAUGCAAAGAAAACCUUAAUCCAGGUUGGGAUGUAAUGGACCUGAUGAAGUUAAAUUUCACCCUUGGUUUAAAGAUGUCAAAUGGAUUGAUUAUGAAAAGAAAUUUAUAAUUUCUCCAUUUAUUCCAGAUGAAAAAUUGGAAAAUUAUCUCAAGUCUAAUCACCUUGAAUCUCUUGAAGAUUAAUCUAUUUUACAUUCUGAAUAAGUUUAAUGUAAAUAUUAUUAAAAAAUCUUAGCGCAAUUCUUAGGAUAUGAACAUCUACCUUAAUUAAAUGGCCAACCUCCUUUUGUAUCUUCCAUUGCCUCUCCUAGAACUCCACACUUAAGAAUUUAAUUAAACAAAGAUUAAUGAUUUUUAUUUAAUUAUGCACC